CAGUUACGCCCAAUGAAUGACGUCAGGUGCGUACGUGCAGUGCGGUGGAGCACGCGCGUCACUCGUUGCUCCGAAAAGAAAAUCCGAGAGAGCGACGUAACAAUGAGGCGCAGCGAUAUCACGAUUGUGUUGUGCGUGUUCUUGGCGUUCGCCACGACAGGUACCAAAGCAAUACGCUGUUACCAGUGCAGCAGCGACACUGAUCCGGUCAAGGAAGACACUGAGUCGACCAAGGAAGACCUUUGCGGGGCCUACACGAAAUUUGACAAAGAGAGAAAUGUGCCUAUCGAGUGCAACAGCGAGGAGUCGCACAUGCCUGGCACGUUUUGUGUGAAAUACACUGAGCAAAGCCCGCGUGGUUUCAUCUGGGACGGCAGGUGGCGACAGGUGAUCCGACGAUGCGCUUCGGUCGCCAGUACCGGAGUUACGGGGGUCUGCAACUGGGGCGUUCACGAGAACGGCGUUUACUGGCAGGAAUGCUACUGCUCCGAGGACGGCUGCAACGCAGCAUCCGGCAUCGCGAUAUCACUCACCACGCUGCUCCUCUCGGUGUGCGGCGCCAUCGUUACGCAAUCUUGUUUCAAGUGAAAAGAGAUUUUCAGAGUUCUCAAGUUUUCGUGAGACGAAAACGGUGAGAUAAACAAUGGCGACCAGAAAGCAUCGAUGUUGGAGCUUUCGUUGUAGGGAAGUUUAGAUUGUAGCUAACGUGAGCGCGUAAAGAAUGACACGGACGUUUCUUUGAGGAAUUUCGGAGUUGAUUUCUCUCUCAGGGAAAUUUUGAUUAAAACACGGGAAGAACAGUUUUAUUGGGGCAUUUAAAAGUUACACACAGAUCUGAAAAUAAUUAUGUGUCGGACCAUCUAAAUAAAUUAUAUUAGACACUCAAGUUAGAAUGCCAAGACAUUUGGCAGUACUGCAAUCGUGCUUGAAUAUCCUGCGCAAUUAUUUUCAGGUCCGUGUCUCGUCUAAUUUUUGUGCGAUUUGUGAGACGAGCUUAGCCCUUUUCGGGAAGCCACGAAUACUUUUCACAUGUCUACGUCCAGUUUGUAUUCAAAGUACAUUAAAAUAAUUAAAAAACGAGGAAUUUCAACUUUGUAUUUUGAAAUUUUUAGUAACAUGCAAUUUUUCCAUAAGUGAUCGUUAGAAAAAAAUCAACUCCAAAGUUGCCAAAGAAUAUACUUUCGUUCCACUUUAACAAGUCAGCUUGUAAAUACGUUAAAUUAUAUAUCCAUCCAUAUGCCGUACGCUAAUCUGAAAAGCGGCCGGAUUUCCCUUUUAUGUAAAUAGUUUAAGAUACAUACCUCUAUAUCUAUCCGUCCAUUUUGCUAAUUGUAAGAAACGUUAAGAAGUUUAUGCAGUGAAACUCCAAUUGGGGUGUGAAACGACUAUAAUUAAUUAAAUUCAAUUUUCAAGCAGACUAACUGGGAGCUAAUUAAAUUUUAAGAUAAAAUCUGUUUAUUACACUGCGAGAUAAGUGUGGAGUAAGUUUAAAGUGUUCAGAACAAUAGUGAGACACAAACCUGUUGCUUUAUGUAUCUGUCUUGAGUAUUCGAUAGCAAUAUUCGAGAUAACAUAUAUUUAUUCCCGAGAAAUUUAAAAGUCUUUUAAAUAUUAUUAUAUUAAAAUGAAUUUUAUUAAAAUAAAUUUUAUUUACAGUGCCUUUUUAUAUACAAAGACAGUAUUCAAUCGCUUUUGAUAAUCUAUUUAGAAUAGCGUACCAAUUAUAUAAAUUUUAUUAAAAUAAAUUUUAUUUACCGCGCCUUUUUAUACACGAAGACAGUGUUCAAUCGCUUUUGAUAAUCUAUUUAGAAUAGCGAAACAAUUAUAUAAAAUAUUGGAUUUAGAGCAACGAUGUUACAUGUAUUUUACAACAUGCAUUAGUUUUGCAAAAAAACCAACUCUGAAAUAAAUCACACCUCGAAGAAUCUAUAUAAUUUCGAUUGAGAUGGAAAUGUUGCAAUUUCCAACUGUGCUUAAUGAAUAUCUGUUAGAAUAAGAAAAAUACAGAAUCUCACAUCAUAUUUUCACAUAAUGCUUAGCACGUCGUUGCCUUAAAUCCCGCGAUUGGUUUAUCGCAAUCUCUAAAUUUUUAAAGCAUUUUAUAUUUUUCUAUGUGCAUGCAUGCGUUGCACAAUUAAAGAAGAACAGACUUGCUGUUUAAUUUAAUUGCAUAUUUUAUUAUGUACGAAUAAAGAAAUAAAAAAAAAGAAACACAGUA